AUGAAAAAUGUGCCAUAUUCUAGUGCUACACGUAGCUUGAUGUACGUUGAGGUGUGCACUAGACCAGACAUCGCCUAUGCAGCUAGUUUGUUGGGUAGAUAUUCUUCUAAUCCUGAUCAUGAACAUUGGGUAGGAGCUAAAAAGGUGUUGAGAUACUUGAAGAAAACUAAAGGAUACUUGCUUGUUUAUAAAAAAGUUGAUAACAUUGAAGUCAGUAGUUAUGCAGAUUCAAAUUUUGCUGGUUACUCAGCUGAUAUGAAGUCUACUACAGGAUAUAUUUUCAUGCUUGCUGGAGGAGCUAUAUCUUGGAAGAGUUUCAAACAGUCUCUUGUUGCAUCUUCCAUGAUGCAAGCAGAGAUAAUUGCAUGCUUUGAAGCGGGGCUCAUGCCAUAUGUAUUCUUUACGAAGAAUACUAACAACUCGGGUGGUGCUAAAUACAUAGAUCUCAAGUAUUUUAAAAUUAGAGAAUGGGUUAAUAACAACGACCUUUACUAUGAGCAUAUUGCCAUAGAAGAUAUGGUUGCUGAUCCAUUAACCAAGGGGCUUAGACCUAUUGAUUUUGUUAAACAUGUUGAGCACAUGAGCUUGCUGAUGUCAUUUGAUGUGUUUGGUUAG